AUGGCCUUCGAUCAGGACAAUUUGCGAUCGCGCUUCUGUCAUGCGCUUUCAGAAAUGUACAAGAGCGAAGUUCCUCUCUACGGCGACCUAAUCGAUGUAGUCUGGGAAGCAGACGCGAAAACAGUUCAAAAUAGCCAGAAUAUCGAGGGGGAUCGCGUUAUAAAUCCAGAUGAUAUUUUGCCCGCCCGGCAUCGGGUUGAAAGACAUGGAGCCAUCCGACUAGGGACAGCACAUGAACUGGCUACAGUUCGUCGCAUGUUUGCUGUGAUGGGCAUGCACCCUGUGGGCUACUACGACCUCAGCGUCGCUGGAUUCCCCAUGCACGCUACCGCCUUCCGACCAAAUACCCAAGAGGCACUCGAGAAGAACCCAUUUCGAGUGUUCACGACAGUCUUGCGGAUGGAGCUUUUAACAGAAAGGACUCGAGAACUAGCUCAGAAAGCGCUAGAGCAAAGAAACAUCUUCACGCCCAGACUUCUUGCUCUAUUGGAUAUAGCAGAGAGCCAGGGCUUUUUGACACCGGAUCAAUGCACAGAGCUCAUCAGUAAUGGUCUUGAGACAUUCCGGUGGCACUCAAAAGCAACAGUCACCCUUCAAGAAUACGAGCAUCUCAAAGCUGAGCAUCCUCUGAUUGCGGACAUUGUCUCUUUCCCCAGUUCUCAUAUCAACCACUUAACGCCCCGAACGAUUGAUAUCGAUCUUGUACAACAAUUGAUGUUGGAUCAUGGAAUGCCUGCUAAGGAUCGUAUUGAGGGGCCACCAAAACGAUUAUGCCCAAUUCUUCUACGUCAGACAAGCUUCAAGGCUCUAGAGGAAACCGUAUAUUUCAGGGAUCCGUCUGGAUCCUAUGUGAAGGGCUCCCACACAGCACGCUUUGGUGAAGUGGAGCAACGAGGCUACGCUUUGACCCGGGAAGGUCGCCAGCUUUAUGAUCAAAUCUUGGAACGAGUCAAUGCAGAAGCUGCAAAGAAUGGCUUGAAAGGAAAGGCCUAUGACACGCUACUGGAAGAGCGCUUCAAAGAGUUCCCCGAUAGUCUGUCAGAUCUUCACGAUCAGAGACUGGGAUAUUUCACAUAUCGGUUGACACCACUGGGUGAUCAAUUAAUUAACGAACGCGUGGAAUUAUCGGAGGAGCAAUUGCCUCCAGUUUCACUUCAGGAUCUUCUCAACAAGGAGAUCCUGAGUUAUGAGGCUAUCACGUACGAAGACUUCCUUCCUUUGUCUGCGGGUGGAAUUUUCAAUUCCAACUUGGGUGGUGUCUCCCAGUCCAAGCAACUGAUAAUGGGCGCGGAUUCAGACCUCGAUGGUUUCCAGCGGCUCCUAGGGGCAUGUGUGGCGGAUGAGUUCCAUCUAUAUGCCGAGAUGCAACGGAAGUCAUUGGAAGUUUGCCGACAGAAACUGCGGGCGCUACACAGCAACUCCACGAGCAGCCAGACUCUAUAUGCAUUUAAUCCCACAGACAGACCGCUAGAGGUCUCAUUUAGCAAUGCUGUGCAUGCGCUUGGAACAUGGUGCCAGAAGGCAUCUGUAUCCCUCGGCAUGAGGCAGAUUGAUGGAUUUAACAUUGGUGGAUUGCUUGGCUCUGUAUUUGCGACCUUCACCAUCGACCCUCAAAACACGCAUCGCUCCAGCUUUGAGUCCGGCUUUAUUCAGGCCGUGUUGGACAAAGGCGUCGGGCCCACGGUGUACAAGAGUACCAUGGCACAAAAGAUCUUAUUUGAUGACGAUAAUAAGCGUGUAACAGGGGUCCAGGUAUCGACUGAAGGCACAUUUGGCACUCGACCAGUCAACUUUACACUCCACGCUCGCAACCGGGUCAUUCUAUCAGCCAGUGCCUUCCAGUCUCCUCAGCCACUGAUGAUCUCGGCCAUUGGGCCAUGCGGCAAUCUGCGUAGCCUUGGUAUUUCCUGCGUCAAGGACCUCCCAGGCGUGGGCCAAAACAUGCAAGGCCACCCAAUCUCCAGGGCUACACACCGCGUGAGCGUCCUCACAGCUUCAGCCUCGGCUAACAAAUGCAACUAUAGCAGCACUUGCUGGGAGAAAUUGCCUGACCCAUUCCGCUUAAACCUGACUCGCAAAUUUCGUCUCGCCUUAUCAAGUUUCCCAUUCGACUGGCCAGAAUUGGAAUGGUUACCAAUCAGUGCAUUCAACGGCUAUAAUCUCAACAAAGUCAUUGCCAAUGCAGAGGAUGGGCAUCAAUAUGCACCCCUUAGUGGAUCAUUGACUGCUCCUCUAUCUCGCGGCUCACUCCGUCUCGCUGGCCCUGGCAUGAAAACCCCACCCUUGAUCGAUCCGCAAUGGUUUGUAGAUCCAACUGAUAUGAAUCUAGCUAUUCAGGCUUUCAAGCGACAGCGGCAGAUUUGGGCGGAGUUGGCUAAGCUAGGCGUGGCCGAACAGGAAGAGUAUUUCCCAGGCUUCGAUGUUUCCACUGACGCUCAGAUUCUUAAGUUCAUUCAUCAGAGUAUGUCUACCAUUUACCAAGCGUCAGCAACGUGCUAUAUGGGACGUGAGAAUGACACGAUGGCUGUGAUUGACAACCAUGCCAAUGUGUAUGGUGUGCAGGGGUUGAACGUUGUGGAUGCCAGCAGUUUCCCAUUUCUACCGCGUGGUCAUCCACGAUCUGUUGUGUAUGCAUUCGCUGAGAAGAUUGCGGGUGAGAUAUUGAGCUUUGUUGAAUGA